CCGUUGACCUGGGCUUCUAGGGACUGUUCUUCCAGCCAGGAAGGGUUUUGGUAUUAACCAGAAAUACUUCCAGAAGAGAAACUUCAAAGGUGAAGCAAGUCUGUGAAGAACCAGCAUGGGAAUCCUUUACUCUGAGCCCAUUUGCCAGGCAGCUUAUCAGAAUGACUUUGGUCAAGUGUGGCGCUGGGUGAGGGAAGACAGCAGCUCUAUCAACAUUCAAGAUGGCUUUAAUGGCGACACUCCAUUGAUCUGCGCUUGCAGGCGGGGGCACCUAAGGAUCGUUUCCUUCCUUUUAAGAAGAAAUGCUAAUGUGAACCUCAAAAACCAGAAAGAGAGAACCUGCUUGCAUUAUGCCGUGAAGAAAAGAUUCACCUUCUUUGAUUACCUACUCAUCAUCCUCUUAAUGCCUGUUCUGCUCAUUGGGUAUUUCCUUAUGGUAUCAAAGACAAAGCAGAAUGAAACUCUUGUACGAAUGAUACUUGACGCUGGCGUCGAUGUUAAUGCUACAGACUGCUAUGGCUGCACUGCCCUGCAUUAUGCCUGCGAAAUGAAAAACCAGACUGUUGUCCCUCUGCUCCUUGAAGCCCAUGCAGACCCCAGGAUAAAGAACAAGCAUGGCGAGAGUUCACUAGACAUUGCACGAAGAUUAAAAUUUUCCCAGAUUGAAUUAAUGCUAAGGAAAGUUUCAUAG